CUUACGUCACUCUCUCUCCUCUUUCUCUCUCUCUCUCUCUCUCUCUCUCUCUCUCUCUCUCUCUCUCUCACAGAAAUCCAACCGUUAGAACCCUAGUGCUUCAGUCCACGCACAUUGUGUGACGCGAUUCACACAGAACUCAAACAACAAUCUUCUUCCUGCAGUGAUGCAAGACAUUUUCGGAUCAGUUCGUCGAUCCCUAGUGUUCCGAGGCGGUGGCGACGAUGGCGGAGGAUUCGGAGGCCUGGUGGAAAAGAUAGGUUCCAGCAUUCGUAAAUCAGGAAUUGGGCUCCUCUCGAAGCCUCCGAUCCACGCACUGCCUCCGAUUCGGAAAGACGACGCGCCGCCGAUCCGGUGGAGGAAGGGGGAAUUGAUCGGGUGCGGCGCCUUCGGCAGAGUUUAUAUGGGGAUGAAUCUUGAUUCCGGCGAGCUUCUCGCAGUCAAGCAGGUUUCAAUUGGGGCGAGUAGUGCUUCGAAGGAGAAAACACAAGCUCACAUUCGAGAGCUGGAGGAAGAAGUGAAGCUUCUGAAGAAUCUAUCUCAUCCGAAUAUUGUUAGAUACUUGGGAACCGCCAGAGAAGAUGAAUCAUUAAAUAUUUUACUAGAGUUUGUUCCUGGUGGAUCCAUCUCAUCUCUUCUUGGGAAAUUUGGGUCCUUCCCUGAGGCUGUAAUAAGAAUGUACACAAAACAGCUUCUAUUGGGACUAGAAUACCUUCACAAGAAUGGAAUUAUGCACAGGGACAUCAAGGGAGCAAAUAUCCUUGUUGAUAAUAAGGGAUGCAUUAAACUUGCAGACUUCGGUGCAUCAAAAAAAGUUGUUGAGUUGGCUACUAUAACAGGAGCUAAGUCAAUGAAGGGUACUCCAUAUUGGAUGGCUCCUGAAGUUAUUCUCCAGACUGGGCAUAGCUUCUCGGCCGAUAUUUGGAGUGUUGGGUGUACUGUCAUUGAAAUGGCUACAGGUAAGCCUCCUUGGAGCCAGCAAUAUCAGGAGGUUGCUGCUCUCUUCCAUAUUGGGACAACUAAAUCUCACCCACCCAUCCCUGAGCAUCUCUCUGUUGAGGCAAAGGAUUUCCUGUUGAAAUGCUUACAAAAGGAACCAAACUCGAGGCCUGCUGCAUCAGAUUUGUUGCAGCAUCCGUUUGUCACUGGGGAGUAUGCAGACGUUAAUUCUGUAGCUCGUGCCUCAAUUAUGGGAAAUUCUGGAAACCUGAUGGCAAUACCCCAGGCCCUUAAAAAUUCAAUGAACCCUGCGAGUGUAAUCAGGACAACCUGCACAGGCUUGAAGGAUGUAUGUGAUAUUAGUAGUGUUAGGUGCUCUACUGUAUAUCCUGAAAAGUUCUCAGGAACAGGAUCCCUAUGGGGAGCAAGAAGUUGUGAUGAUGACAUGUGUCAGAUAGAUGACAAAGAUGAUUUUGUGGUUGGUGCAUCAGCAAAUUUCAGUUCUGCAUUGCUGUCUCGUGAUUUUAAUAAGAGUUUCAAUCCUAUGAGUGAGCCCAUGGAUGAUUGGCCAUGCAAUUCUGACAAGAGUCAGCAGCUGAAGAGAAGUGGAAUCAACUUAUCCUCCAGCCAAACAUUUAAUAAGGCUGCUAACAGUCCAGGAGCAUGUGGCAAGGGGGAGAAUGAAUUCACAUUUCCAUGUGGGUCAUUAGCAGCUGAGGAUGAUGAUGAAGUUACAGAAUCAAAAAUAAGAGCUUUUCUGGAUGAGAAGGCUUUAGAUCUGAAGAAGUUGCAAACACCCCUGUAUGAAGAAUUCUACAACUCAAUGAAUGCAGCUUGUCUUCGAAAGACUGGAGCGAUUGCAAAUGAUGAAAAUGUUCCUGAUAUUUUAAACUUACCUCCUAAGAGCAGAUCACCCAACAGGGUCCCUGGCAGGAGAUUGUCUGCAGCUGUCGAUGCUGCUAAUGUUGCAAGCCCUGGGAGAUACGCCAAACGCAUGUCAACUGUUGGCACAGUCAGCAAUCAAAGUUCACAGGAAAUUCGAUCACCUCUGCCAGGUGAAUGGAAAGGGAUUCUCGUUGAUGCUCAACAGGAAACAAUUACCCCAAGUGAAAGCUUCUCCGAGAGACAAAGGAAGUGGAAGGAAGAGCUUGAUGAAGAGCUUGAAAGGAACCGAGAAAUGAUGCGUCAAGCAGGUGUAGGAGGGAAAACGUCAUCUCCAAAGGAUUGGUUUCUAAAUCGGCAGAGAUCACGAUCACGGCUUGCAGGCAAAUGACCAUAUGCAUCAGUAUUCGCGUGGGCUUUUAAAUGUAUGUAGCUCUACUUUUUGCUAGAAGUGGUUCUUAAAUACAGAAUGACCACCCUAGCCAUUAUCCUUAUACGCCUGCAUAGUGGCAAUGGCGUAAUGCAACCAUCAACCCCUUUGUAUUCUGUUGUGGGUCGGUACUUCAGCCACAGAGAGAAAAAAAAAGGAAGAUAUCACUCAAAAGUAUUAUUGUAUGUUUUCAUACAUAUUACUUUGAAGCUACGCUUGUGUAUUUUAUUGUGGUAUAUGAAACACAUAAAUAAAGCAUCUGAGUUUUGAGUUCAAUAUUGAAAAAAAUUUGUAUA